AUGAGUGACGCCCAAACUUCCACCACCACUACCAUUUCCGCCUCACCAGUGCCAAAUAACGAAGAUAUCGUCUUAGAAACCAGAUUGUAUCUCGGUAAUGUCGACUUCAACGUCACACAAGAAGAACUUAUCGAACAAUUCAAAGAUUUCAAGAUUGAAAAGGUUGAUAUCCCAAAGAGAACUGUCAGCGGCGGCCGUAAAUUCGCCUUGGGGUUUGCCUUCAUCAAUUUAGACGACGCUGACAAAUUGGACCAAUUCAUUGAAAAAUACAACAAGACUAGCUUCAAAGAUAGAAUUAUCACUGUGAGAAGAGCUACAGCCCCAGUGGCGAAAGAAGACAAGCCAAAGCGUACGGCGGUGAAGAAUAAGAAAAACUCCAAGGCUGCGAACAAGAAAGAAGACGUCAAGAACACUUCAGAAGAGACCACCACAACCGCUGAUGAAAAGAAGAAAUCUGAAGAGAAACCAAGCAAAAAGACUUCCAAAAAGCCACAACAAGCUAAGCCAAGAAUCCCACUUUCUGAAGGGACUCCAUCCACCACUACUGUCUACAUAACGAACAUUGACUUCAACUUGGACACCAAGAAAUUGUCCGACUACUUGAAAAAUGAAACCUCCUAUAAACCAACCUGGGUUCAUGUUCCAACCCAAAAGAUCCCAAGCUACUUACUCCGUUCCCUUAAGAAGAAGGAUGUUCCAAUCAGAUACAAGUCUCGUGGUUUUGCCUUUGUUAGAUUUAAUACAGAAGCUGAACAGUUGAAUUUCAUUGAAGAAUUCAAUGGUAAGAAAAUCAAUGACAGAGAAAUCACUGCUAAACCUGCUAUUGAUAUGCCAGAAACUGAAGCCAAAGAAAACGAAGAAGAAACCCCUGAAGAAAAAUAA